AUGGUUGAUGGUAGCAGCUGCCGAGUGGAGGGUUGUUGGGGGGGGGGGGUUGUUGGGGGAACAGUUUGGGCGAGAGUUGCUUCUGAUUUGUGGUUGGGGAUUGCCAGGGAUGGAGUUGCUUUUGUGUUACAGGUUAGGGGCGCCAUAAUGGGGACUCAAGUGUCUGCCAUAAUUAGGAAGAGGGCAGUCAAGACCAAAUUUCCAGGUGCCUUUUCGGGAGAAGAUAAAUGGUGCUGGGAGCAGAGUUUUAUUAAUGUCAAUGUUGGAACUGAGGAUGUAAAAGGGAUUGUAUUUGUCCAAAAGGGUUAUUGGGUUGAUGUUAUUUCCACCCACGACGUAGAUACUUACCUAACUCAACAAGAUGGUUCUCAUGUGAAUUUGAAAAUUAAGAAAGGUUUGCAGCACGUUUGUGUAGAAUCUCCUGGAGUGCAUGAACUUCACUUUGUAAACUCAUGUAUUUUCUUUGGAAGCUCGUCUUUGAUUAUUGAUACAUCCAACCCAUCGCCUGUUUACCUAAAAGGACAGAAAUAUCUUGUCAAAGGACAAAUCCAUGUUGAAUCAAGCUCAGCCAAUGUUGUGGAUAAGUUAUCUGAGAAUAUAUUUGUAGACAUCGUAAGCAAUGAGGAUACGGUUGUUGACAUUACUACUGCCACACUCACAACUCUUGGAAAAGAUUUAUCUAGUGCUGCUGUGUAUGAAUACUCAAUAUGGGCUAAUCCUGAAGAAAAGCUUACAUUUGUUCCUCAGGACUCCCGGAAUAAUGGGGAAAAGAAAAUCUUAUUUUAUCCUAGACAACAGCAUGUCUCAGUGAUGCAAGAUGGCUGCCAAGCUUCAAUUCCUCCAUUUUCUGGUCGAUUGGGCUUGUACAUUGAAGGAUCAGUUUCUCCCCCUCUCUCUGAUGUUCAAAUUAGAAUCAUUGCUGGGGAAGAUAGUCACAGUGCUCCUCUUAAGAAAGGUGAAUUGGCACUUGAAACUACCACGGGGGCAGAAGGUCAUGGCCCUGCUGGUUUAGGCAGUAACCCUGGUCCUCAGGUGCCUGGCUAUCAUGUAAAACCAGUUGGACCUCAUUCCUUUUCUUGUCAGAAGCUUAGUCAAAUUUCUGUACAUAUAUAUUCUAAAGAAGAUGCGAAAGAACCUUUUCCUUCUGUUCUAUUAUCAUUGAGUGGCGAUGACGGUUACAGGAAUAACUCAGUAACUGGUGCUGGUGGAGUUUUCCUAUUUGAUAACUUAUUCCCUGGGAGUUUUUAUCUACGUCCUUUGCUAAAGGAGUAUGCUUUCUCACCUCCAGCACAGGCAAUUGAACUUGGUUCUGGGGAAUCUAGGGAAGUCAUCUUCGAGGCCACUCGUGUUGCUUACAGGUUUGUCUGUAUUUUCUAG